AGGGAAAUUUGAUGCACGGAUUAGGAUGGAUUGUGCAGAAACAGCUGUUAAGCUCAAAAUAUACGCUAAAAAAUAUAUAGCAGCAUUUGAAAAUAAUGCAAUGGAAAAUAUGAGCGCUGAAGCAUCGGGAAAGAAGAGAUCAUACAAACGAAGUGCCAGUCAAUCUAUGAAUAAUACUCUUUAUGAUGUAUUUGCUGCAGCGGACUUCGGACAACGCUAUUCUCAACCAUGUUUAUCGUCAACUUCAUCAAGUGCUUCAGUUGACGCGAGUGUUAUCAUUCCUCAAGACUGCUACAUGCUAUCGCAAAACAGUAAUUGAAUUAUUCAUUCAAUUCAAUCACUUCAUACUUUCAUCAAUCGGAAAUUCAAGAUUGGCAUUGCUCUAAUACUUGAUUUAAUGUAUUUUUAAUUUCAAAAUUCUCAUAUCAGUCUUUCUUGCACCAAUGAUUUGCACAUUAUCCGAUCUAAUAAUUCAGUAAAC